GCACGCUUCAUUGCCCCUACCAAGGCAGCUUGGCUCGCCUGAUGCUCUUCGGAUACGGGGUAACGAAUCAUCGUUACUGCUGUGGGUCGAAGUGGGUCGCUAUCAUCUGGGGUACGGGGAAUGACCCCAAUCCUUGAAACCUGGGGAAAAUCUAUGCUUAAGGCCAUGGGGGUGCCUGAAGAGAUGGGAUAUCGAUAGGCGAAGAUGGCCCGAGGUUUUCAUUGUGAAAUCCGUAUAAGAAGCUGUUGGUCGCCGCGAUGAUCGACAAACGUCGAACUUUGGUACUCUUACUGAAGUGAAACUUCCACUGAAGUUCUCUUGAUUCACCACCUUGUUGCAGAGUAACUCGACGGUGCAUUUUUCCUUUCACUUAUUUAACGACAUCUCAAACUCUGGGAACAUACCGGACACGAGCAACCAUGACCCGAAAAUAUCUUGGAGGCUCUGGCGAGCGGCUGACUGUAUGGAUAUCUAUCGCAGCCAGCACUGUGUUGAUCUUCUACGGGUACGACCAAGGCGUGUUUGGCAAUGUCAUCAUCUCAGAAAACUUCCUACAUACCUUCGGGUACCCGUCUGCGAAUAUGAAAGGUGUAAUGACCUCAAUCUACAAUAUCGGCUGCUUCAUUGGCGCCAUGAGCACCAUCUGGACAGGCGAUAUCCUUGGGCGGCCUCGUCAGAUUAUGUUAGGCUCCACGGUCAUUGGCAUAGGAGCUAUCAUUCAAACCUGCAGCUGGACCGUCCCUAGCAUGAUGGUAGGGCGCAUUGUUGCCGGUCUCGGAACUGGCAUGAAUACGGCAACAGCUGGCGUUUGGCAAGCAGAGACGAGUAAGAUGAAUAGCAGAGGAAAACUUGUCAUUAUCCAGAUGGCUAACUGCAUUACCGGCUUCAGCAUCUCGAACUGGCUCACUCUUGGCUUUUCUUUUGCACCCCGCGAUGUAGCAUGGCGCUUCCCAUUGGCAUUCCAACUAUUCUUCACAUUCUGUAUCUACGCCAUGUGUCCGUUCUUGCCGGACUCGCCGCGUCUUCUCAUCCGCAAAGGCAAGCACGACGAGGCAUUAGAGGUCCUCGCCGCACUUGAGGGCCACGGAGCGACACCCGAAUCACCGGCUGUUGUCACGCAGUACAAUAUCAUCAAAGACAUCCUCGACCGCGAGCAUAUGAAUACCUACACAUGGUGGCAACUAUUGAGCGGUAAAGGGCCAGCCGGCGUUCUACGGCGCAUGAUCUUGGGCGCCUGGAUGCAGGCUAUGAAUCAGAUCUCGGGGAUAAAUGUUACAAGUUACUUCAUGAGCUAUAUCUUUAUAAACUCUCUCGGCAUUUCUGAGCUCCUGGCCCGUAUUCUGGCAGCUGCUGGCUCCGUCGACUACUUGAUUUUCGCCUGUUUGGCAUACUUUGUCAUUGAACGGUAUGGCCGAAGAAAAGUCAUGAUGGUGUCGUCUGCAGCGUGCUCUAUUUGCUGGAUCGUCAUCGCAGCUUCCCAAGGCCAGUCUGAGAAAGGGGGCGACUCUUACAAGCUCGGCAUCGUCGCCGUCUCGUUCUUCUUCAUUUUCUUUGCUAGCUUUGGCAUGGGAGUGCUUGGUGUACCAUGGUUGUAUCCCACCGAGAUCAACGCCCUGGAAAUGCGAACCAAAGGUGCUUCCCUCGCCAUGAGCACAAACUGGAUCUGUAAUUAUGCUGUCGUCCAAGCUACGCUCCCUGGCAUUGAAAAACUAAAAUACAAGUUCUGGAUCAUCUGGGCGGUGAUUUGCUUCUCCUUCAUCCCGAUUACGUAUUUCUUCUAUCCCGAGACCGCGAAUCGGACACUAGAAGACAUUGAUCGGUUUUUCGAAGGGGGGCCUGGUCUUUUUAUUCAUCGCGACAAGUUGGCCGUGCAACUGCAUCGUCCAGCUGAGUUCAUUGAGGCUGAUGCACGAAUUGCAGCUCGUGAAGAGGCUAAGUUUGGUGAAGGCAGGAAGAGUAUCAGCACGGAGUACGUUGAGACAAAAGACGUGGUAUGAAGAAAGUGAUCUGAAGGAGACAGCAGAUUCAAAUGGCUAUCGCAUUUUACAUUGUACUAUGGCUCGUUGGCGUAACCGUCAAUGAAGUUGACAGUUAGCGUAUUUCGGUUUUCCUUUUGCAGCGUCUCGCGGCCAAUUUCAAGGAGCUUAGAGACGUCCUGUCGACAAUCUAGACAAUAUCAGUUGAGCCUAGUAAAGUGGUGACAAGAGAUAGUAGCAUACCGAUAUAAAAUCCUCGCAGCUCUUUUCCUCUCCCGGUCGCCAAAUAGGCGCAAGUCUGGCCACAGAGCGCUGGUGUAUCUUUGAACAAGUCUUUGUAAAACUCUUCAUCAGUGAUAUCCCCGUAUUUCUCCUUCACAUCUUCCGCCGCACCAG